CUGGAUUCUGGGUAUAUUGUUUAAUAUAAUAAUACUAUAAUAGUAUAAUAGCAAUAGGUACAACUCAAUGUCUAACUAGUAACAGUAGUAACUAGUGAGUAUCCAUAUUUCGUCUUUCGACAAUAACAAUCAACAGAAACACUAAAAGCUGAAACCUGAAAAGUAAAAAAUCUAAAAACUUCGAACAUAUAAACCAAGACCCAAGAGUUAAACAGAAUACAAAAUAUAGAAAAAUAAUUGUUGACUGGUUAGUCAAAUUUUAAACAAAAACUGUUCAACGAUCAAUAUGGUAAAGCGCAAGAGCGAAAUCGCUCUGGCUGACGCCGAACAGAAUAAAUCGGUCAGAGAAAAGUAUUUCAAGACCGACAAAAGCAAUGUUCGCACGUCCAGUCUUUUUAUGCCCAUUAUGGCCCUGGAAGGUCAUGAAGGUGAUAUAUUCGCGACAAAAUUUCAUCCUGAAGGGGAAUAUCUGGCGUCAUCAGGGUACGACAGAAAGAUUUUCAUAUGGAGCGUGUAUGGUGAAUGUGAAAAUUUGGGCGUUCUCGCUGGCCAUUCUGGAGCURUUUUAGAUAUGAAAUUCUCCACUGAUGGUACUUUAAUAUAUACAAGUAGUACUGAUAUGACGGUUUCUUUCUGGGAUAUUUACAAGGGCCAGAGAGUCAAGAAACUUAAAGGACACACUGGGUUUGUUAAUUCCUGYGACUCUGCAAGACGUGGACCUCAAAUGAUCACAAGUGCUUCAGACGAUUGCACCAUUAAAGUAUGGGAUCCUAGAAAACGAGGAGGUGAUGCAGUUACUACUUUCAAUAAUAAUUAUCAAGUGAUGUCCGUAUGUUUUAAUGAUACAUCUGAUCAAGUCAUAACUGGUGGUCUAGAUAAUGAAAUUAAAAUUUGGGAUUUACGUAAAAAUGCAUUACUUCAUCGCUUACCUGGCCAUACAGAUACAGUGACUGGACUAGAAUUGUCACCCGAUGGCUGUUAUUUAUUGUCUAAUGCAAUGGAUAACAGCUUAAGAAUAUGGGAUGUGAGACCUUAUGCACCUGCUGACAGAUGUUUGAAAGUCUUCUCAGGACAUACCCAUAAUUUUGAAAAGAACUUAUUGCGGUGUGCGUGGUCACCAGACGGCUCAAAAGUGUCAGCGGGUUCAGCUGAUAGAUAUGUGUAUAUUUGGGAUGCCAACACUCGUAGAAUAUUGUACAAGUUACCAGGUCAUAAUGGAAGUGUAAAUGAUGUGGAUUUCCAUCCAAAAGAACCGAUUAUUAUGUCUGGAUCCAGUGACAAAGUUGUAUACCUCGGCGAGUUUGACUGAAUCCAUUUAAAUCCGAACGGAUACUAAUUUAAUUUUAAAUUUAUGUUAAGGUAUUUAGCUUUUUCAUUAUUU